AUGACCAAAAUGACUUAUGAUCAGUUAUAUUUACAGACUGAUGGUUUUUUGAAAAGGAGAGACAAGAAUCGUUUCACCUGCACUCAGUGUGGGAAGAGUUUUGCAAGCAAAAGCAGUCUUAAGAUUCACAUCAGGAUCCACACUGGAGAGAAACCAUUCACAUGCCUUCAGUGUGGGAAGAGUUUCAACCAAUCAUCAAACAUUAAUCUACACAUGAGGAUCCACACUGGAGAGAAACCAUUCACAUGCACUCAGUGUGGGAAGAGUUUUAGCCUAUUAUCAUCCCUUAAUCAACACAUGAGGAUGCACACUGGAGAGAAACCUUUCACAUGCACUCAGUGUGGGAAAAGUUUCAGUCUGUCAUCUUCCCUUAAUCGCCACAUGAGGAUCCACACUGGAGAGAAACCAUUCACAUGCACUCAGUGUGGGAAGAGUUUCAGCCUAUCAUCAUCCUUUAAUCAGCACAUGAGGAUGCACUCUGGAGAGAAACCAUUCACAUGCACUCAAUGUGGGAAGAGUUUCAGCCAAUCAUCAUCCCUUUAUAACCACAUGAGGAUCCACACUGGAGAGAAACCAUUCAUAUGCUCUCAGUGUGGGAAGAGUUUCAGCUACUCCUCACACCUUAAUCACCACAUGAGGAUCCACACAGGUGAGAAACCAUUCACAUGCACUCAGUGUGGGAAAAGUUUUAACUGCUCAUCACAGCUUAAUCAACACAUGAGGAUCCACACUGGAGAGAAAUCAUUUACGUGCACUCAGUGUGGGAAGAGUUUUUACUGCUCAUCACACCUUAAUCAACACAUGAGGAUCCACACUGGAGAGAAACCAUUCACAUGCACUCAGUGUGGGAAGAGUUUCAGCCAAUUAUCAUCCCGUAAUCUACACUUGAGGAUCCACACUGGAGAG